UUCCCACCCAGUCCCUCCACUCCGAGCCGUGCCCCAGCGCCGGUGACUCCUGGCUCUGCUGGCUCCCUUUCCGCGGCCACGUCCCGGCCGACGCCGUGUCCAGCCGGACGCAGCGCUCCGGCCGCCAGCAGUUCGUCUGCUCCACUCGCCGCCGGGGCUGCAACCUGGGCUCCUUCGACCCCGAGCGCGGCCCCUUCUGCUCCUUCCCCUGGAGCGAGCAGGAGGAGAGGAGCUCCGAAUUCCAGCUCCUCAUCAACCCCGGCGGCUUCGAGGCGCUGGACUGGGUGGACACCUCCUUCGGCAGCACCCCCGAGGGGGCCGUGGAGGGAUGUCCCCUCACCGACAUCUUCGUCGGCCGCAGCCCGGACGGGCUGGGAAAAGUGUCCAAGGAGCAGCAGGCGCUGUUCGUGGCCGUGGAGGGCGAGGAGAUCUGGUACAAAUGGUACCAGAUCCUGGUGGUCCGGCAAGGCCCGGCCGACGUCUCCAUCGCCGACGUGUCCUACAACGGCAGCGCGGCGCUGGAGAGCGCCGAGGCCGUGGCGCUGGCCGAGGUGCUGGCGAGGAACGACGGCUGCGGGGUGGCCCCAAAAUCCGUCACCUUGGAGGAGGCCACGGAGGUGGAACACGGCUGGAGCGCCGAGCUGCCGGCGCUGGUGGCUUCGCGCGGGGUGCUGCGGGCGGCUCCGCUGGUUUUCAUGGAAUCGGGAGGUUGGGAGGUGGGGAACGUCACCUCGGUGCCGUGGGCGGGCGGCGCCAGCGCCACCGAGUUCGUGUGGCGCGUCCACCGGCUCCGCCAGGAGAUCCCGGCGCGCUCCGAGUGCGCCGUGGUUCUCCGCGGGAUCCGGCGCCAGAUCCGCGUCCCCUUCUCGGCCUGGCUGACCAGGGAAUUCCGCUCCGGCCGCCAGCACCGCGUGGUCAUCGCGGGGUGGGCGCAGAGCCGGGCAGUCACCGGCGUCCACGCCAGCCUGGAGCGCUGCCGCCAGCUCACCGAGCUUCCGCCGUGCCCGAAUUAA